CGCGUCCAGCGGCCGAUGGUUUCCCACAGGCCUGCACGUCGCAGAAAAGGCACAAACGCACGCUGUACCGCCGGUUGCCAGGACAUACGGCCCAGCCACCUCCUCCAAUCAGCACAGAUCUCUUUGCGUCCAAUCACAGAAGCGGAAGAGCUGAAGUCAGAGGUAAAAGGUCACGCUGCUUUUUUGGCGGCCAUUUCUCUAGAAGCAGCGCGGUUCGAUCCCUGCUAUAGUUACUUCAGGCGCGAGGGACGCACGACAGCUGGGUCGGCGGCGAGUAUCCUGCGACAUUUGUCUGUCGUCACGAUGAGUUUGCCCCUCAAUCCCAAACCUUUCCUCAAUGGAUUAACAGGAAAGCCAGUAAUGGUGAAACUUAAGUGGGGAAUGGAGUACAAAGGCUACCUGGUAUCUGUAGAUGGUUAUAUGAACAUGCAGCUUGCAAACACAGAAGAAUACAUAGAUGGAGCAUUGUCUGGACAUCUGGGUGAAGUUUUAAUAAGGUGUAAUAAUGUGCUUUAUAUCAGGGGUGUUGAAGAAGAGGAAGAAGAUGGGGAAAUGAGAGAAUAGCCUCUUUUGUGGGGAAUCUUUUUUAUAUAUAUUUCUAGACAAUAAAGAUGUUUGUUUUUCAACUUGA